CAGAUAAACCGUCACCUUAACUCAGUUGUAUUUUGUUGAAAAAAAAAAAAAAAAGUCUGGAGUGAGCCUGGUGAAGUAAAAGAAAAACAGAGAAAAAGAAGGGGAGGAAAUGACACUUUGCCUGAGUGAGUGUCUGAGAGCUGUUGGGCUACAGCAUCACUAUGCUAGGUUUACCUCCAUGGGAGUUCAUCGUGCAGCCCACCUUUCAGCACUGACCAUGGAGGACUAUCCCAUCCUGGGAAUACGCACUAUGGAGGACAGGACUAGACUCUUCCAUCUGGUCCAAAUGAUCAAAACUCUUGACCUGGAGAGUCUUGAAUAUGAAGAUGGUGAUGAUUGUGGUGCUGAUGGUGGUGAUGAAGGCUACGUUGUAGUGGAUAGUAGUUUUACUUAUGAUGGUUAUGGAGAUUCUGAUGAAGAUGUAUAUGAUGAUGAGGAUGAGAAGGGUGGUGCUGUGAAUAAGCUACAUGCAACCACUUUUGCCAGACCGUCAUGUGUUCGCAGACGGCUUGAUUUCAGCGGUGAAGCCACUGAUCAUCAUCAGAGGCUAGUUUCUCAUCCCGUGGACUCUGUUCAUAUCUGUGCAAGUCACAAUAGAAAUGAUGGGCCGGUCCAAUGCACAGAGUCAGUCACACCUCUGCAGCUUGAGCUUGUCAGCAGCAGUCCUGUGGUAUGUGGCUGCAAAAGGAAUAACAACCACAGGACAGAUGCCAACAGUUGUCCCUCUAAUCAUCACACAGGAGGAAACACCAAAGUGUCAUCACCAAAGUGGAUCUCAUUCCACAAACAAAAAUCCAUGCCUACAACAGUGGCAUCUAAGAGGUUUAACAACAAACCAGAUGGGCACAAAGACAGGAGAAGUAUCUUUAAGAAGGAAAAACUCUAUACAGAAAUAGGCAGUAAUGGGGCUUCUGGACGCAUGGCUAAGCCAACACCUGUUUAUGAAUCAAAGAGAACAGCUGGCUACAACUAUGGACUACCACGGAGUUCCCCUCCUGUUCCAAACAGAAAGCAAGAAGGACAGCAACGGAUCAGCGUGUGUGUGAGGAAAAGACCUCUGACACGUGCAGAGAGCAGGAGGGGAGAAGUAGACGUUGUGACAACCUCAGGUGGAGAAUGUGUGGUUGUCCAUGAAAGCAAAGAGGCUGUGGAUCUCACACAAUACAUACUACAGCACAGAUUCUACUUUGACCAGGUUUUUGGAGAGGAGAGCUCCAACGAGGAGGUGUAUCAAAGAACAGCUUAUCCUCUGGUGCAGCACAUGCUCAGUGGAGGCAAGGCCACCUGCUUUGCAUACGGCCAGACAGGUGCGGGGAAGACUCACACCAUGCUGGGUUCAUCCCCUGAGAGACCAGGGUUGUAUGCACUUGCAGUGCGGGACAUUUUUGCUCAUUUGUCCACCGCACAUAUGCACUCAACCCUGCUGGUGUAUGUCAGUUUCUUUGAGAUUUACUGUGGUCAGCUGUAUGACUUGUUGGACCACAGGAAAAGGUUAUUUGCCAGGGAGGAUGGACAGAGGGUGGUUCACAUUGCAGGGCUGCGUGAUGUCAGGGUGGACUCAGUCAGCUCACUGCUGGAGGUGAUUUCACAGGGUACAGAGGAGCGCACACAGGGGAUGAGUGGAGUGAAUCCACACUCUUCUCGUUCUCAUGCCUUGCUUCAGAUUCAGCUUAGAGGUCCAAAGCAGCAGAUAGCUGGCAGAAUGUGGUUUGUGGACCUGGCAGGAAGUGAGAGGGCAUCAGAUACCAAAGAACCAGACAGGCAGAGUCGUAUGGAGGGAGCUGAGAUCAACCAGAGUCUCUUGGCUCUUAAAGAAUGUAUCCGGUCCCUUGAUCAAGAACAAUCGCACACACCUUUCAGGCAAAGCAAACUUACUCAGGUUUUGAAAGACUCAUUUGUUGGUGACUCAAUGACAUGCAUGAUUGCCAACAUUUCACCUGGACACUUAGCAACUGAACACACACUUAAUACACUGAGAUAUGCUGAUCGGGUGAAAGAGCUGAAGGGACAAGGAGUACCAAGAGGAGCCAGAAGAGGCAAGACAAUAUCCUCCCCCAAACAUCAUCUAUCCUACAGGAACAGCAGCGGUAGCAGCGUUGGCACCCGAGGGAAAAGUCCCCCUAAAAAGCCAAAGUUAGGGAGACGAAGAGAGGCUUUUGGUCCCACCACACCUAACACAAGAUUGCCCACAGGGGAUGCAAUUCUAUGCUCCACACCUAAGAACAGCAGCUGGAGAGCGGAAACAAGUGCAAGGGACGGAAAAUGGAUUGGACUUGAACACAUUACACCAGUUAGAGGUUGGCUGGCAACGGGGGAUAAGAGGAAUGGGAAGGAGGAAGCAGGUGAAAGAAAAGGUAGGAGAAGAGAAAACGAAAGGUAUGGAAGAACUAACGGGCACUCUGUUAGUGACCAAAACGCCAGAGCAGGGUUGGUGUUGGGACAGCAAACGGAUGAGCAACUGCCCUUGUGGGAGGCACAAAAAUCUUGUACUCAAAGAGAAUCUGGAAUUGACCCUAGAGAAAAAGUGAACCGGCAAAGCACUGUGAAAGGGGGGAGAAAGGGGGAAAGAAGAUGGAUACAACAGCUAAGACAAGUGGAAAACAGCAGAGACAUGUGUAGUGAAGCAGAAAUGCUAAGAGAAAGGGAUUUACAAAAGGUUGAUGAAAGGGAUAAGGAGAGGCAGAGGCAUCUGAGACUGUAUCACCAGCAGCUGCAGCAGUUUAUACCCUCAUCUGCUUCCUCAUCUGUCAAUCUCUUCUCACCUUCUACAUCUCCGUCUUUCUCUUCCUCUAAUCAGGCCUCUCUCUCUUCCUCUGUCUCUCCAUCUUCCAAUUCUCCCCUCCGACACUCUUCCCAUCUCUCAGCUUCUGCCCUCACGUAUCGUGGUUUAGAAGAAGUUUUAGAUGCAUACAGAGCUGGGGUUAUGGUUAGGGCUGAUGGUAAUAGAGGACAGUUGCCUUUUCCCAGUGGUGAGAUUCGCUUGCAAACUGAAACCUCUCAAAGCUGCAAUAACAAUAACGAUGAUGAUAACCAUGGUGACACUGGUGGUGUUGGUGAGGACAGGAGGGUAUCUUGGGAAGAAUCAGAUAUUGGACAAGACAGGGGUGAAAGUUAUAGGAGGAGGUCAGUGGAGGCAACAGGUGUAGCAAGAGUAAGGAGGGAAGAUAUGAGGCCAGCUGGGAUGCAAGGGGGAGAGAGGAGGUGGGCCUGGAUGGCAACAACAGAGACAGAGCAAGUAGACGGGACGACAGGUGCAAUGCCGACUAAUAUAGCAGCGCAAGUGUCUUACAGCUGUCAUUUAGAAGAUAGAAGACAAGUGAGUGAGGAAGAACUGGAUUCUUCAGAUGUCCCAGCUGAUGGAGUGUGGGGUGCUGAGGAGCAAGGAGGAGCUGCCAGCUAUGGGUUAGUGUCCGCCCACAGCAACAGUGACAGCAACAGCCUCUUCAACCACCCUCCUUUUGAGUCACCCCAUCAGCGAGCUCCAGCAGAACGACCCCUCUCCCCAGCCUGUGAACACGUCAACAAACUCCUGACCCCCAAAAAAGGAAGCGACCUCUCUCUUGAAUCAAAACACACCAGAUGCACCUCCACCAUCCUGCCUCUACCACUGCAAAAUAUCCCAAAGUCAACCACACUACCUCUCUCUACCUCCAUCACUAAAGAUAAAAUACGUGCUGAGCCCCUUAACAACCUAUCUGAAAAUCCAGCUCAUACUGAGGUACACAAUCAUCCAGAAGUCAAAGCCAAAAUGUCUGUUUUACCUCAAGAUGAGACUUAUGCAGAUUCUCUUAGCUACAUCAUGGAGCCUCUCAGCAUCUCCUUGCUUCAGGUGGACAAACGUGUCAAAUCAGCUGUGGUCCUCAAUGGGGAACAAAGCAACGCCUCACUCUGUCUGCUUGACAAUCAAAGUGGAGAAGAUAACAUAACAAAAGAGGAAAAAGAGCAUUACACAUGUGGAGAGAUGGCAGGGAAAGCUGCAGUGGAUGAGGAUGAAGAAAUUUGUCUGCCUCUUUUGGAACUGCCACAAGCAAAGACCCACUGCCCUCUCACCUCUGACACCAUGACACCUAUUAGUCACAACGAGCAAGGAAAAGACAUGUGUUGUGCCACAUAUGAACACAGUGGAGAAGGUAGGGCGAAACCUCCUGUGCCUGAAGUUAUGCAGGUCUUUCUCUGUGACCAAGAGAACUGUCAGAAACCCCAAACCCUGAUGGUCCUUGGCAACAAAGGCCCUGCAUCUUCACGUAAACCCUCAACAUGUGUUUCUAUGCAAACUUCUGUCAUGCAGUCCAUCUCACCCUCUGUCAGACACUCCCAGAGCACUGAUUCACCCAGCUCACCCGAGCCAAUCCCAAAGGGUGCCACACAAAUCCCAAGAGAAUAUGCGCGCAACAUGCCCAACAAACCUGCCUCUUCCAUUUCAACCCCACAAUCAGAAAUUCCCUUGGAGCAGUGUCACACAGUUUAUUCAAACAAUUCCCCCGGCUCAAACAGCUCACUUCAACCAAUUACUUCUGCAGAGUCAAAUAAUCAAGAAAGCACCAGCAAUCAGCAGAUUAGACCCAUAAUCCAUCUGUCCACCCUGGAAGACUUGGAUCAUGCCCAGUGGCGUGUUGUCCAGGCCCACUGGGAGCAGCUGGAAGAGAUGGAAGGUUUAUGUCAUACAGAGGGGACACUUCUGUGCCAACAACCUGAUAUGGCAUUUGGGGAAUAUAUCUGCAAGCUGGAAGAGAUAAUGGAGAGGAAGGCUCAGUGUGUAAACAGCAUGAGGGCUCACCUGCAGCCAUAUCUGAGGCCCAGUCAUUCUAACCAACCAUACAAACAAGGAAAAGAUAAUAAUCCAGUUACUUGAGUUAAUAAGCAGGAAUAUUUCCAUUGUAAGGGCAGCCUAAACACUGAAGAAAUGCCAGUUAUACAGAACCAAUAUGGCACAAUUUAUUUUUCAGUGACAAGAAUUGUAACUGUAAUUUUAUAAAUGUUCAAGAGACUUCUCUGGGAGAGUUCACCUCACAGCUAUCUCUUGUGUGUGAAAAUAGAUGUGUCACAUUAGGGUUCUCACAGGGAGGCUAACUAAGAUGUGUUCUCUUGUGGAGAGAAUAAUACAUUUAUUAGCUUCAGAAGGGGAAAGCCCAUCCAUUUAUGUAUUUGUGUGUUCUGCAAAUUGAAGUCUGUGUGUGUAUGUGUUUUUUGUGUUCAGGUGUGGGGUUGUUAUUUUGCCCCCUUUUUCUCAGUCCUGUUUACAUGCUGAUUCAGAUGCAUAUAUUAUGAAAUUAAUACAUAUUUAGUUAUUUGAAUCAUAACUUGUUCAGUUCAUCUUAAGAUGGUGAUCUAUUACACUAUAGUGAAUACUUGGAUGACUGGUAUUUAUAGAUUAAGUUAUUUUAAUAGUUGUUAUUUAUGUACUGUAUAUUGCACAUUUUAAUUUCAUCUAAAGGGCUGUACCUGUGCAAGUGCAGUGUUUGUCCACUCCUUUUUUCCCUCAGUUUUGGUUUUACUUCUUUUUCUUUUGGCCUUUUGUUCCCCCAUGAAAACCACAUAGAAAUGAUCACAUGAUCAUUUUGAGACAUAACCUUGGUGCUUUACCCACACCAACACAAGACUGCCUGACCAAAGACCACCCUUAUAUUUGACUAUACGCUUAACUAGAUCCCUGACUCUGAAGUGGUGUUACACUGAACCAAAGAUGCCAACUAAUAUUUUGCAAACCAACUUCAAACUUGAGCUCAGGUUGUUGGCUGAGUUGUUCAGUUGGCAGGAGGCAAACUGUUUUCUGGUGCUACAUUUUUUUUUUCUUCUGAUAAAAGACUGUGAUACUUGUAAAACAAUGACACAAUAAGUGUAUUUUUAGUUUUUUGGAGCAGUUCUAAGCAUUUAACAUUGAAUUAAAUUUGCAUAAUA